AUGUCGGAAGAGCCGGAACAGCCCUACCGCAAGCUGCAGUCCUACUCUGCGCCACAGGAGCUCCUCGACGAGCAUGCGGCCAUGGCGGAGGAAGAAGGCGCGCCUGACGCAUUCGACGAGACGGCCAAGAUCAAGCAGGUCGCUGCUCGGCAGAGCGACUAUCAACUUCGGCGGUUCAAUCGGAUGGAUGGGCGCAGGGAGGGGGAAGAUGAGAGUUAUGAGGAUCGAAUGAGGCGGACGAAUCUGGAGAGGGAGGAAGAGCGGGUCAGGCGGAUCGCAGAGCAGCAGGAGAAGGAGGCAGCGGAGAAGGGGGAGUCGAUGCAGGUGGACGACGACAAGACACCGCCUCGGGCAUUGGCGGAGGGGAGCCAAACGCCACCCAGUCGGAUCAAGGAGGAUACGCCACCCGCCGAUGGAUCCAAGCGGCGCAAGAGGUGGGAUGAUGGGGAGGAGGUCAAGGAGGAAGAUGGGGUGAAGAAGGAGUGGUCGGAUGAGGCAUUGGCGGCGGCGCCAAAGAAGCGGAGGUCACGAUGGGAUCAGACACCCGCGGAGGAGGAGGCUGCGCCAGGAGCCAAAAAGUCGCGCUGGGAUCAGACGCCAGCAGCGGGAGACGUCAUCAAGGGCGAGAUGGGAGAAGGGGCGCAGGCGGGCGUGAUCAUGGUGGAGGACAAGCGGUAUAGGCGGAUGACGGAUGAGGAGCUGGACGCGCUUCUUCCCGGUAAGGGCGAGGGGUAUGUCAUUUGCCCCGUGCCCGAGGACUACAAGCCGGCAGCGUCGGUCCGGAAGAUGAUCCCUGUUCAAUCGGCCGAGCAGGGGUUCAUGAUGCAGGAGGAGACGGAUUCGGCUCGGGCACGACAAGCUGCCGGCGGAAUAUCGGGAACGACCAACCAGCAGACCGAGAUCGAGGGGAUUGGAACACUGCAGUUCCUCAAGCCCGAGGACGCGCAGUACUUUGCCAAGGUGCUGGGUGAGGGAGGCGGGGAGGAGGACGAUGUCCACUUUUCGCUGGAUGAGCUGAAGGAGAGGAAGAUCAUGAGGUUGUUGCUCAAGAUCAAGAACGGGACGCCGCCGGUGCGAAAGACGGCUCUUCGUCAGAUCACGGAUCGGGCGAGGGACUUUGGCGCCGGACCACUCUUCGACAAGAUCCUUCCUUUGCUCAUGGAGCGGACACUGGAGGAUCAGGAGCGGCACCUCCUCGUCAAAGUCAUUGAUCGCGUGCUAUACAAGCUCGACGACCUCGUCCGCCCCUACGUCCACAAAAUCCUCGUCGUUAUCGAACCCCUCCUGAUUGACGAAGACUACUACGCUCGUGUAGAAGGUCGCGAGAUCAUCUCCAACCUCGCCAAGGCGGCCGGUCUCGCUCACAUGAUCUCCACCAUGCGACCGGAUAUCGACCACGUCGACGAGUACGUCCGGAACACCACUGCCCGUGCCUUCUCGGUCGUCGCUUCCGCCCUCGGUAUCCCUUCCCUCCUUCCCUUCCUCAAAGCCGUCUGCCGAAGCAAGAAAUCAUGGCAGGCGAGACAUACCGGUAUCCGCAUUAUCCAGCAGAUCGCAGUCAUGAUGGGCUGCGCUGUACUUCCCCAUCUCCGCAAUCUCGUCGACGCCAUUGCCAACGGUCUGCAGGACGAGCAGCAAAAGGUCCGGACCAUGACCGCGCUCGCUCUGGCCGCCCUCGCCGAGUCGGCCGCGCCAUACGGUAUCGAGUCGUUUGACGACGUCCUCAAACCCCUCUGGCUCGGUAUCCGUCAACAUCGGGGCAAGACGCUCGCCGCGUUCCUCAAGGCUAUCGGAUACAUUAUCCCGCUCAUGGACCCCGAGUACGCCGGGUACUAUGUGCGUGAGUGUAUGCCUAUUCUCAUCCGAGAAUUCCAGACGUCGGACGAGGAGAUGAGGCGGAUUGUGCUGCAGGUGAUCAAGCAGUGUGCGAUGACGGAGGGUGUACAGCCGACCUACAUCCGGGAGGAGGUGUUGCCGGAGUUCUUCCGUGCUUUCUGGGUGCGGCGGAUGGCGCUCGACAAGCGGAAUUACCGUCAGCUUGUCGAGACCACCGUCGAGCUCGCGACCAAGGCGGGCGUUGCCACUAUCGUCAGCCGGAUCUGCAAUGACCUCAAAGACGAGUCGGAGCCGUUCCGGAAGAUGGUCAUGGAGACUAUUACCAAAGUCAUCAACAAUACGGGCGCGGCGGAUAUCGAUGAAAGGCUGGAGGUGCUGCUCAUCGAUGGUAUCAUCUUUGCAUUCCAGGAGCAGACACUCGAGGAUAGCGUGAUGCUCGAUGGGUUCGGCACGGUCGUCGCUGCCCUCGGAAUCCGGGUCAAGCCAUACCUCCCCCAAAUCGUCUCGAUGAUCCUCUGGCGGUUGACCAACAAGUCGGCCAAGGUCCGUAUGCUCGCGGCGGAUCUCACUACACGCUUGGCGCCGGUCAUCAUGUCCAACGGGGAGUUGCAACUUUUGAACAAGCUGGGAAUAGUCAUCUUUGAGCAGUUGGGUGAAGAGUAUCCGGAUGCGCUAGGAUCUCUUAUCGCCGCCGAGGGAGCUAUUGCCGGUGUCGUCGGAAUGUCCGAAAUGAACCCGCCAGUCAAAGAUCUACUUCCCCGAAUGACGCCGAUUUUGCGGAACAGGCACGAAAAGGUCCAAGAGGCGACCAUCAACCUUAUCGGACGUAUCGCCGACCGAGGAGCCGAGUUUGUUCCAGCCAAGGAAUGGAUGCGAAUCUGUUUCGAGCUGCUGGAUCUGCUCAAGGCGCACAAAAAGGCGAUCCGACGGGCGGCCGUCAACUCCUUUGGUUAUAUUGCCAAGGCUAUCGGUCCGCAGGAUGUGCUGAGCGUGCUCCUGACCAAUCUGAAGGUCCAGGAGCGUCAGUCUCGAGUGUGUUCUACUAUCGCUAUCGCCAUCGUCGCCGAGACUUGUGGUCCCUUCACCUGCGUUCCCGCCAUCCUCAACGAAUACCGCACGCCCGAGCUUAAUGUGCGGAACGGAUGUCUCAAAGCUCUCGCUUUCGUCUUCGAAUACGUCGGCGAGCAGGGCAAGGACUAUAUCCACUCGGUCGUCGGACUCCUCGAGGACGCCCUUACGGACCGGGACCACGUCCAUCGUCAGACCGCAGCGGCUAUCGUCAAACACCUGGCUAUCGGUGUCGCGGGGCUGGGGUACGAGGAGGCAUUGACACAUCUGAUGAACCUCGUCUGGCCAAAUAUUUUCGAGACGAGUCCGCACGUCAUUGGUGGGAUGAUGGAUGCGCUGGAGGCGAUGCGGUUGGGUGUGGGACCGGGUGUGGUGUUGAGUUAUGUGCUGCAGGGGCUGUAUCACCCGGCUAGGCGGGUGAGGGAGGUGUACUGGCGAUUAUUCAACACACUUAUACUCGGCUCUUCGGACGCGCUCGUCCCCUUCUAUCCUCAACUCGGCUCGGCGGGCGAUCUGGCGUCAGGUCAGGACUACACGAGACACCACUUGAACAUGUGGAUAUAG